GAAUGUGGUUCGUUGCCUUCCAAAUUUCGUUAUUUUGUGUAUCGAAGGAAGUGGAAGUGACAAAAAAAAUAUCUAACAAUUUCUUUCUUCUUUUAGUUAAGUCCAAACCAAGACACGUGUUUUAGAAAGUCUCUUUGGAGGAGACCCCGGCUCCAAGAAUGUCGGACAGUGAAGACAGCGACUUCUCUGACAACCAGAGUGAACAAAGUAGCGAAGCCGAGGAGGUGGAUAAAAAUGAGGCAGAGGAAGAUGGGCAGGCAAGUUUAUCUGGCAGUGACAAGGCAGCAGAAGAGGAAGGGGAAGACUUGGCAGAUGAGUAUGACGAAGAGGAGGAAGAGGAUGAUGAUGACCGUCCCAGAAAGAAACCCAGGCAUGGAGGUUUCAUCUUAGAUGAAGCCGAUGUGGAUGAUGAGUAUGAAGAUGAAGACCCGUGGGAGGAAGGUGCUGAGGAUAUUUUAGAGAAAGGUAAGGUCACACAUGGGGCCAUGUUUGAGGAUAUCUAAUACCUGAGAGGGAGUUCUAUAUGAGCAACGUUGGGGCAGUUGUCUGUUGAUGAGGACUGAGUUCAUGAACUUUGUUAAAUUUUAAAUUAUUUGAAAAUUACUUUCCUAUGGGUGGUGUGCAGAUGCUUAGGCAUGAUGGAUUUGUCUGUAGUAUUGUUUGGAUUCAGGAAGGGACAGGCAGCAUUACAAAUACAAUCAACAAAUCUAUGCCAAAAUGAGUAUAUGUGAGUGUUGACUGUGUUCUUCCUGUGCUAAUAAUUCCUUUUCUUGUGCAUGCCUCCUUCAGUUAACGGUAAAUCAAUUCCAGAUUUUCUGCUCUCUGUUUUCCUUGCAUCUAAUUAAAUGGAUUGGUUAUCUCUCAUUCAAUAAGUCACAUUCUGUUAUAACUCCACCCACAUUUUCGUACUGCUGCACUUCUAAUCUAAAGGAGCACUGAUGGCAAAUACAUUAUUGGGGUCUCCCAUAAUAACUGAGGCUACCUGUAUGAGGUAAUACAAUAGUAUAUUGUAUUUGACAGCUGUGACCUAUUUACUGGUCAGGAAAAUAUUGUAGAAAUGUUGUUGGAUGGUAUGUUAACCUGACACCGGCAGAGUUAUGACUUAUCAGUAGGGAUGCAAAGGGUCGGAUAUUUUCCAUGGGAAGUUAAGCCUGGGAUUUUUGCUUAAAUUCCUCAAAAAAGUGAUCUUAUAACAGUGACUUUUUUUGUUGUUGUGGGAUACACAUAAGGCAAUUCUAGUUCUUGUGGCAUAUCUUGGUUUAACUAUCCCCAAUUCAAUGUAAUUGCAACCCUCUGUAUGCAUAGUGCAUUCUUCCAUCACGUGCAGUGCACUCUUCCAUCACAUGUACAACUCAUUCUCAAGAUCUUGCACACUAAUGAGAUGCUAUUGAGCCCACACUACUACACUGUCUGAGCCAAGGACCACAUGCUUUCUGGUAAGUUUUGAUCAAUUACAAUACUGGGUGGGGUGAAUAUAUUUUAUGUUACAUUUAUAUAUUUUUUACUAGUAAAUAAACUCAGCAAAAAAGUUAACGGCCCUUUUUCAGGACCCUGUCUUUCAAAGAUAAUUAGUAAAAAUCCAAAUAACUUCGCAGAUCUUCAUUGUAAAAGGAUUAAACACUGUUUCCCGUGCAUGUUCAAUGAACCAUAAACAAUUAAUGAACACGCACCUGUGGAACGGCCGUUAAGGCACUAACAACUUCGAGACGGUAGGCAAUUAAGGUCACAGUUAUGAGAACUUGGGACACUAAAGAGGCCAUUCUACUGACUCUGGAAAAACACCAAAAGAAAGAUGCUCAGUGCCUUAGGCAUACUGCAAGGAGGCAUGAGUACUGCAGAUGUGGCCAGGGCAAUAAACUUCAAUAUCUGUACUGUGAGACGCCUAAGACAGAGCUACAGGGAGACAGGACGGACAGCUGAUCGUCCUCGCAGUGGCAGACCACGUGUAACAUCACACCUGCGGGACAGGUACAGGAUGGCAACAACUGCUCGAGUUCCACCAGGAACACACUAUCCCUCCGUCAGUGCUCAGACUGUCCGCAAUAGGCUGAGAGAGGCUGGACUGGGGGCUUGUAGGCCUGUUGUAAGGCAGGUCCUCACCAAACAUCACAGGCAGUGUUGCCUAUGGGCACAAACCCACCGUCGGCUGGACUAGACAGGACUGGCAAAAAGUGCUCUUCACUGACGAGUCGUGGUUUUGUCUCACCAGGGGUGAUUGUUGGAUUCGCGUUUAUCGUCGAAGGAAUGAGCGUUAUACUGAGGCCUGUACUCUGGAGCGGGAUCGAUUUGGAGGUGGAGGGUCCGUCAUGGUCUGGGGCGGUGUGUCACAGCAUCAUCGGACUGAGCUUAAUGUCAUUGCUGGAAAUCUCAACGCUGUGCGUUACAGGGAAGACAUCCUCCUCCCUCAUGUGGUACCCUUCCUGCAGGCUCAUCCUGACAUGACUCUACAGCAUGACAAUGCCACCAGCCAUACUGCUCGUUCUGUGUGUGAUUUCCUGCAAGACAGGAAUGUCAGUGUUCUGCCAUGGCCAGCGACGAGCCCGACUCUCAAUCCCAUUGAGCACAUCUGGGACCUGUUGGAUCGGAGGGUGAGGGCUAGGGCCAUUCUCCCCCAGAAAUGUCCGGGAACUUGCUGGUGCCUUGGUGGAAGAGUGGGGUAACAUCUCACAGCAUGAACUGGCAAAUCUGGUGCAGUCGAUGAGGAGAAGAUGCACUGCAGUACUUAAAUGCAGCUAGUGGCCACACCAGAUACUGACUGUUUUGAUUUUGACCACCUUUGUUCAGGGACACAUUAUUUAAUUUCUGUUCGUCACAUGCCUGUGGAACUUGUUCAGUUUAUGUCUCAGUUGUUGAAUCUUAUGUUCAGACAAAUAUUUACACAUGUUAAGUUAGCUGAAAAUAAACACAGCUGACAGUGAGAGGAUGUUUCUUUUUUUGCUGAGUUUAGUAGCCUUCAGCAGUGUUUAAAUAAUUUCUAACUUGUUAACAAUUUCUGCUUGAUAGUUUUUGCUACCAUGUGGGUUUUAGCUUGCUUGAGCCUGCUAACAGUGUUAAUUCAACUGUUUCCAUACAUGUUUCAUUUUAAAACAUGUAUCUUACAAAGGAGUCAUUUAAUUUAACUGCUUAACUAUUUAUUUAUCUGUACACGGAAUUGUAUUUAUUUUAUUUCUCUCUUUUUUUCUAAUCUUUACAGGAAAAUGCCACGGGCACUAUCUGAUGUGUGAAGACUUUUCACUGCAGCUAAUGUAGAAGGAAAUGUGUACAUUUGCAAAUACUGUGCCAAAUGAAAUGUGAAGAAUACAACAAAGAUGUGCAUGAAGUUCCCUCAGUGCUCACAACAAGCAACCUCUGAGACAAGUCCCUCUACUUCUAAUCGAGAUGAGCUGAAGGCAGUCAUCAAUGACCUUGGACCACAGAAGGUAUUUGCACUGAUGACAGACAUGCAUUGAAUCUGCUUCUCAAGGACAUCAUGGCACCGAAAACAAUGUAUACACUCAACAAGAGAGCAAAGGAAAUUGUUAGGUAUGUGAAGGGUCAACAAGUUAUAGCAGCAAUCUACCUCACCAAGCAAAGUGAGAAGAAUAAGAGCAUCGCAUUGAAGCUGCCCAGCAACACCCGUUGGAGUGGUGUUGUCGUCGUGUUUGACAGUCUUCUGGAGGGGAAGGAGUCUCCAGGAAAUGGCCAUAUCACAGUCUGCCGAUAUGGACAGCCCCAUCAAGAGGAUCCUCCUGGAUGAUGUAUUUUGGGUUCUUGGCAGUCUGGCAAAGUACAUGUCCAAGCAAGGGCUUUGGGAAGGAGGUGCAAUAUGGCCGUUGUGCCAACAUAUCUCAUCAGCACCUGGUGGAAGGGACUUUGUGGAUCUGAGGCUCUUUCCCCUAUUGUCUCCAUCAUCCUCCAAAUCCCACCAACAUCAGCCGCCUGGUUCUUGUUUGGGAACACACACACACCAAAGCACGCAACAUGUUGACCAUUAUAAGGGUUUAAAAAUUGGUGGCAAUCUGGGGACAUUUGAGGCUUUUUGAGCCUGACAACGAGCCAUCCUCAACAGGGUUGGAAAGUGACAGUGAAGAUGAGGCCUCAGAGGCUGAUGUUCAAGAGGUGAACUUUGAGGAGGUCCAGGGAGAAGACAUGGAAGCCUGAGAGGAAGACAACCAAAGCUUUAGUCUAGAAACUAUAAUUUUACAGAGAUGCGAUGGAUCAUUCAAUAUUCUCUUUCUUUUGUUCUUCAGUGAAAUCAUCUCAUGUGAUGAGUCAACUCAUUUAAUUAAAGUUCAAUUCAUAACUAAAUUGUUUUUAUUUCUAUUGGAAGGGUUUUUUGCAAUUGUCUACUUAUGAUAAGGUAAAAGUUUUGUUUCUGUCUCCAUAUGGUAAAUAUAUCCAAUGCAAAAAAACAUCUACAUUUAAAUUGAAUUAAUAUUCAUUUUCAUAUAUUCCCGUUAAUUCCCACGGAAAGUUUCCACCUUUUGAGUAUUCCCCGAAAUGUACAACCUUAUUUGUAGUAAAUAAUCAGACCAUGGGGUUCUAGGCACUUAUGUGAACCAAGUGUGACCAUUUGCCUGAAAUGCUACCUGCUAGAAGAAAGCUAAUAUGUGUGAUUUAGCUAAAUUAUAUUGUUUUAAGCUUUUUUUGGCAUGUCAAUCAGCCAUAUCACAAAGACGCAUAAGCAUUCACAUUACAAUUACCCACAUUACAAUCAUCCUUGGUCUCAUGAGCCAUUUGGUCUUUUACCAUCGUUAAUGUAAAAAAAAAAAAAAAAAAACAUUUAAUUUGUUCCUGUCUGUGCCCCUGCCACUCUUUGCUUUGUGUGUAUGACAAUCUCAUUUGGCUCUUAAUGUGUUUUCCUCCCUCUACCUUAACCUGCCUGGCCCGGAGCAGAGGAAGCUGAGGUGUCCAACAUUGACCAUGUGGUCCUGGAUGAGGACAACUCUGGCUCCCGCAGGCUGCAGAACCUCUGGAGAGAUUCCAGAGAAGAGGCCUUGGGUGAAUAUUACAUGAGGAAAUAUGCCAAGCAAUCAGGAAAUGAUUUUCCUGGGGGUUCUGAGGAACUGUCUGAUGACAUCACCCAGCAGCAGCUGCUCCCUGGCGUCAAGGAUCCUAAUCUUUGGACGGUCAAGUGUAAGAUUGGAGAAGAGAGAGCAACCGCCAUCGCAUUGAUGAGGAAAUUCAUUGCCUAUCAAUUCACAGACACGCCCCUCCAAAUCAAGUCGGUAGUGGCUCCCGAACAUGUCAAAGGUUACAUCUAUGUGGAGUCGUACAAGCAGACUCACGUCAAGGCUGCAAUUGAUGGAAUAGGCAACCUGAGGAUGGGCUUCUGGAACCAGCAGAUGGUUCCCAUCAAGGAGAUGACAGACGUCCUCAAGGUGGUCAAAGAGGUGACUAACCUCAAGCCCAAGUCCUGGGUCCGCCUCAAGAGAGGCCUCUACAAAGAUGACAUUGCCCAGGUGGACUAUGUGGAGCCCAGUCAGAACACGAUAUCACUGAAGAUGAUUCCCAGGAUAGAUUUGGACAGAAUUAAGGCCCGUAUGAGCAUGAAAGACUGGUUUGCAAAGCGGAAGAAGUUCAAGAGACCAGCCCAGAGACUCUUCGAUGCGGAAAAGAUCAGGUCACUUGGUGGGGAUGUCAGCCACGAUGGAGACUUCAUGAUAUUUGAAGCUAACCGCUACAGCCGUAAAGGGUUCCUCUUCAAGAGCUUUGCCAUGUCUGCUGUGAUCACUGAAGGAGUGAAACCCACUCUGUCAGAGCUGGAGAAGUUUGAGGAUCAGCCAGAAGGCAUUGAUCUGGAGGUGGUGACUGAAACCGCAGGUAAAGAGCGUGAGCACAACCUCCAGGCUGGGGACAACGUGGAGGUGUGUGAAGGGGAGCUGAUCAACUUGCAGGGCAAGAUCCUGAGUGUGGAUGGCAACAAGAUCACCAUCAUGCCCAAGCAUGAGGACCUGAAGGAUCCGCUGGAGUUCCCGGCCCAUGAAUUGAGGAAGUACUUCCGUAUGGGUGACCACGUCAAGGUGAUAGCAGGCCGCUACGAGGGCGACACCGGCCUCAUCGUACGCGUGGAGGAGAACUUUGUCAUCCUCUUCUCUGACCUCACCAUGCACGAGUUGAAGGUCCUGCCCCGGGACUUACAGCUGUGCUCUGAGACGGCGUCAGGGGUAGAUGCCGGGGGCCAGCACGAAUGGGGAGAGCUGGUCCAACUGGACCCCCAGACCGUGGGAGUUAUUGUCAGGCUGGAGAGAGAGACAUUCCAGGUCCUCAACAUGCACGGCAAGGUGCUGACGGUGCGUCACCAGGCAGUGAAUCGGCGGAAAGACAACCGCUUUGCUGUGGCGCUGGACUCUGAGCAGAACAACAUUCACGUCAAAGACAUCGUCAAGGUCAUCGACGGGCCACACUCGGGGCGUGAGGGAGAGAUCCGCCACAUUUUCCGAGGCUUUGCCUUCCUGCACUGUAAAAAGCUGGUGGAGAACGGGGGCAUGUUCGUCUGCAAGACACGCCACGUGGUGCUGGCCGGGGGCUCCAAGCCCAGAGACGUCACCAACUUCACCGUGGGAGGCUUCGCUCCGAGGAGUCCAAGUAUCAGCAGCCCCAUGCAUCCAGGUGGUGGUGGUGGUCAGCAGCAGAGGGGUGGUGGAGGAGGUGGACAGAUGGGGCGUGGCCGGGGCAGGAGGGACAACGACCUGAUUGGACAGACCGUCCGCAUCUCCCAGGGACCAUACAAGGGGUACAUUGGAGUGGUGAAGGAUGCCACUGAGUCGACAGCCAGAGUGGAGCUGCACUCAACAUGCCAGACCAUCUCUGUGGACCGACAGCGUCUCACCACAAUGGGAGCCAAGAGGCAUGGAGGAAUGACUUCCACACACGGACGCACUCCCAUGUACGGUUCCCAGACCCCCAUGUACGGGACAGGCUCCCGUACCCCCAUGUAUGGCUCUCAGACCCCCUUACACGAUGGGAGCCGUACACCGCACUACGGCUCGCAGACCCCGCUGCAUGAUGGGAGCAGAACGCCGGGGCAGAGCGGAGCGUGGGACCCCAACAACCCCAACACACCGUCCAGGGCGGACGAUGACUUUGAGUUUGGUUAUGAUGACGAGCCCUCGCCGUCCCCUCAGGGCUACGGGGGCACGCCUAACCCCCAGACCCCUGGCUACCCAGAGGUGCCCUCACCCCAGGUCAAUCCCCAGUACAACCCCCAGACCCCAGGCACCCCAGCCAUGUACAACACGGAACAGUACUCGCCGUACACUGCCCCCUCCCCACAGGGCUCGUACCAACCCAGCCCCAGUCCCCAGAGCUACCAUCAGGUGGCCCCCAGCCCAGUGGGCUACCAGAACACACACUCACCAGCCAGCUACCACCCCACACCCUCACCCAUGGCAUACCAGGCCAGUCCGAGCCCCAGCCCGGUAGGCUACAGCCCCAUGACCCCCGGCGCACCCUCCCCUGGCGGCUACAACCCCCACACCCCCGGCUCCAACAUCGACCAGACCUCCUGCGACUGGGUCACCACCGACAUCCUGGUGCGGGUUAAGGACACCUUCCUGGACAGCCAGGUGGUUAACCAGACGGGCGUCAUCCGCAGUGUCACGGGUGGCAUGUGCUCAGUCUUCCUCCAGGACACAGAGAAGGUGGUGAGCAUCUCCAGUGAACACCUAGAGCCUGUCACCCCAACUAAGAACAACAAGGUGAAGGUGAUUUUAGGGGAGGACCGCGAGGCCACUGGGAUCCUACUGAGUAUUGAUGGGGACGACGGCAUCGUCAGGAUGGAGCUGGAUGACCAGCUGAAGAUUCUCAACCUCCGCUUCCUGGGCAAGCUGGAGCUCUGAGCCAUCACACCCCAACCUCACAACACGCCCUCACUGCAAAGCAACGUCACUCAAAACAAGCAGAAUAUGUGCCCCCAUGUUCACUAUCAAAGAUUAAAAUUGCCCGUGUAAUUUCUUUUCAGCCAAACUUGUGCUCUUAGUGAACUCGCAUUGGUUUUUAGUGCUCUGUGGUUGUAAUUUCUGUCUGUUCUUUACUUUUUUUGUUAUAGAAACGACCUUUUGGUUAUGCGUGUACAAUGUCAAUUAAAUGUUAACUGUU